AUGGUGAGCUCAGUAGUUGCAGUACUAAGUAAGCCUGAAAAAAGGCGAGAGAGUCAAGCAGAAGAAGUAAUGUUGCUUCGUCCAAGAAGUGCAAGUAGAAGUUCUAGUGUUGAUACGUUGAAUGAAAUAGAUGAUUAUCCACCUCAGACGGAAAUUACUCUAGUUUAUAAUAAAGUAGGCAAGAAACAAUGUGACGGCCAUUAUAGCCAAAAUUUGAUCAUACGCUACGAUGGGAAAGCCUUUGUUUAUAAAGUGUGGAAUUUUCGUCUAGAUGAUUGCAAAGAGACGAGAACAGCCGUUAGGAAGCUGAUUAGGCUAAAACAUGAUAAUAUUUUAAAAUCCUAUCGGUACUAUCGCUAUCCUGGAGGCGUAUUGGAGUGUUAUUUCGAACAUACUUUAAGAGAUCAUAUUAAGGCUCAGCAAUCAAAAAAAAUCUUCCUAAAUUCACAACAACGCUAUCAAGUUCUUACCGAUAUAUUAAAUGGCUUGGAAUAUUUACAUGAUCAUGGUAUUGUUCAUGAAAACUUAACCACAAAGAAUAUUUUGAUUACGAACACUGGAGAAGCCAAAUUAAGCGAUUUUGGAUAUGUUAGCUUAUUUCAAACGAAGUUAGCACUAUCCAAGAAAGCAUUAUAUCACCAUCAUAAAAUUGCUUAUAUGUGCCAGGAUGCUCUAAAUGGCCACGUUGGCAAGAAAAAUGAUAUUUAUAGCUUUGCAAUUGUUGCCACCGAAGUUAUAUCAGGAAAGCAAGCUUACGAUGCCUUUAGGAUCCCCCAAUAUCUGCGUGAUUGGCUAGCUAACGAAAAAUACUGGAAAUAUCUGAACGAUAAACGUCUUGGCUCACGUCAUCAGGAGAAAAAGUUGUUUUCCACUUCUAUUUCUGGCAAAACUUUUCGGGUUGAAUUGCUAGAAAUUUGUAAUAAAUGUUGCAGUGAACAUGCUACGAAUAGGCCUUCGCUGGUGGAAGUAUUUGUGAGAACUUCAUCUAAGUUGAAACACACUCUUAAAUCUAGCUGCCAAUGUGAGAUCAAUAGGGCGACGGAAAUUAUUGAGGUUAAGACCGGUUUUGCUUUACUCAAGAUGAAGUAUACCAAAGGCAAGCAACCUUUGGUACUUUAUGAGAAAUGGGAAGGGAUGAGAACUAAACUAAAUCACAUCCUAGGACGACAAUGA